AAAAUUCAACACAAAAAAUGGUGGAGCCCCGCAGAAAAACGGCGACGACAAAGACGAGUUUGAUUUUCAUUUCGUUCCAGUGAUUCGUUUGAAAAUUAAAUCGCUAAAAUCGAACAUUCUUUCCGCGUAAUUACUUCGUUCAUGUAGUUAGUGCGUAGAUAAUAUUGUGUCAAAGUGUAGUAAGCAUAGGAAAAAAGUGCCCUCUGAGCUGUUUUUGUAUCGAUGAUUUUUCGCGCAGAGUGGUUGUUGUGUUGCUGCGAUUCACCUCAGUCAUCAUCCGUUAUUCACCUCACUCGCACUAGAGAGCAAAGCAACCACAGGCACAAUCAGUAUCAGUGUUCAGCCCGGAGGAGUUCGGAUUGCGACGGAUUGGGUCUUGGACGUGUUGUCUCUGUGAAUUUGCCCGCGCGAUAUUAACAGUGAAGAAGAAUAAUCCAAUAUUCAGCGCCUUGGAGUGGAGAUAUUGCUCCCCGGAAAAGAGGACACACUGGAACGUGACAAAAACGACGGACGGAAUUCCGGAAUAGCCCAUCCAAGUAGACGGCGACACACAUAAAAAUACAAUCAUCGAGAGCGAGACGAACUCGGGAAGAAUGCGCAAAGAAGCGAAAGGGAGAAGAGCAAAGUAAGGUUCGAGAAAAGCAAGAUGAAUGAAAAUAGUUUAAGCUAAAUAAGGAAGAAUUUCGUGUAUCGAGGGAAAAGGCGAAGAAAGUGUUGUGUGCGUCGUGUUUUAACAACUUUCUUUAGUGUUUGAAUUAGUUUCCUCUAUUGUGGUCCUGUGAGUUGCGUUUUUGUUCGGUGAAGUGUGCAGAUUCUGGAAUCAAUUCCCUCUACAGGAAGAUAGAAGAACAAGAAAAAAAGUGCAACGGGUGAGCUCAGGUUUCUUUUUCUGGAUAUUUUUGUCCGCCGAAGCUUACGCUGCAUUAUAUUUAGCUGUGUAUUGUGUACGCAGCAGUGUAAGAGAAGUGAAGAAAAAUAAAGCAAAUCCAGUCGUCCCGAAGUUCCGAGUGUAGAAAAGGCAAAAGGGCGAAAUAUUGAGUUGAAGCAGAAAUAAUAUUAGAAGCAGCAGCAGUAUUUCUCAUCUGGUGCCAGCUAAAAAUAAGGAUUGUAAUUUGGAGCAGCCUGUUGGGAGACCAGCGAAAAGGAAUUCUCGACUCUGUUGGGGCUCAAAUUAUGAUUGUGCGAAUGGAAGAAGUCUUCCCAUGAAGUAAACGCCAGGCUGACAAUCACAGUGUAUUUGUUUUGGGUAGCCUAGCGUGAGGGACAGUGUUUACUCUGGACCAGUCAACGGAAGCGACAUGUUGGCACCGGGAAUACGGGUCGUCCGAGGGCCCAAUUGGAUUUGGCAGAAUCAAGAUGAUGGUGAAGGCCAUGUGGGAACCCUGUGCGAAAUAGGACGUUCCGGAUCGACGCACUCACCGGAAAAAACAGUGGUAGUGAAUUGGGACUCCGGUCAUCGGACGAAUUAUCGGGUCGGGUACCAGAAGCAAUACGAUCUGAUUGUGGUGGAUAAUGCGCAGAUCGGCGUGAAACAUCCGAACAUUAUCUGUGACGGGUGUAACAAACCGGGAAUUGCCGGUAUCCGAUUCCGUUGCGCGGAUUGCGCCAACUACGACCUAUGUGCCACAUGCUACGGAAAUGAUGUUCAUGACCUAGAACAUUCGUUCAUCCGGUACCAGACAGCGAAUUCUGUUGGGGUUCGCGUUCCGCCACGGAAGGGUGCCCUCAAGAUACAGCUGAAGGGAAUCUUCGUCGGCGCACGUGUCGUCCGAGGGCCGGACUGGGAAUGGAAUAACCAGGACGGUGGACCAAACAAAACCGGGCGUGUUAUGGAAAUUCGUGGAUGGGAUAACGAAUCUUGUCGCAGCGUAGCGAACGUGUCUUGGGCGUCUGGAUCUACGAACGUAUAUCGGCUUGGUCACAAAGGAAACGUGGAUCUACGUUUUGUCCAGCCAGCGGUCGGAGGAUACUAUUACAAAGAUCACAUGCCAGUGUUAGGCCAACCGGAGGAGCAGCAGCCGGUUUCGCCACCGGUGCGCUCACACUUCAACGUCGGCGAUCGAGUCCAGGUGGCCAUCCCGGAAGAAAGGCUCAUGUCACUGCAGCAGGGUCACGGAGGCUGGAAUCCGCGGAUGGCCGAGUAUCUGUCGAAGAUAGGCAUUGUACAUAGGAUCACGGACAAGGGUGAUAUUCGGGUUCAGUAUGAGGGUUGUGCCAACCGGUGGACGUUUCAUCCAGCGGCCCUCAUCAAGAUCUAUAGUUUUAAUGUAGGAGAUAUUGUAACCUUCAUCACGGAUGCGGUCAAAAUGCAGCAGCUACAGAAGGGCCACGGCGAGUGGGUGGAAACCAUGCAUAACGUGCUGGGGAAGUCUGGAAAGGUGAUCAAAAUCUACGGCGACGGUGAUCUGCGAGUGCAACAGUUGGACGACGAUUUGGCCUGGACGGUGAAUCCAAAGUGUGUCAAGCUGGAACGUUCGUUGAUAUCGCAGGCGACGGCAACCGAACGAUCGAACAGUAUGAUGGAUUUGAGCAAUCAGCGCACUAACGAGCACCAUAUAACGCCCCUGUCUGGAUUGUCCGGAACGUCCGCCGCUGAUAGACUCGUCCGUGAGGCUGCCCAAGGCAAUAUGAAUUUCGUGCAAAAUUAUCUCAGUGCCAAUCCGGAGGAGAUCGACUGCGUCAGCGGUGGUAAAACGUGUCUGCAGGUAGCGGCCCACCAGGGUCACGUGGAUCUGGUCAAACAUCUGCUUCAACUCGGUGCCAACGUGAAUGUCGUGGACAAGGAAGGCGACUCGACGCUACACUACGCGGCAUUCGGCAACCAGCCGGAAAUUAUGCGCAUCCUAUUGCAGCAUAAUGCCAACAUCGAUGUGCUAAACUCGUCGCACUGUUCAGCGUUGCACAUUUCGGCGCACAAGAAACCCCCACACUGUGUCAAGGUUUUACUGGAGUUUGGAGCGAAUGUCAACGUGCAGGAUGCUUACGGUGAUACGGCCCUGCAUGAUGCCAUAGGCAAAGAGAAUACCGAGGUUGUGGAACUGUUGUGCGCUUGUUCCACGCUGGAUCUGACCAUUAGGAAUAAGCGAGGAUUCAAUGCAUUGCACCAUGCUUCGUUAAAGGGCAAUGUCCACGCUGCGCGUAACAUUAUUCGCUUGGCCCGGCAGUUAGUCAAUGUUAGGAAAGAUGAUGGAUUUUCGGCCUUACAUCUAGCGGCAUUGAACGGACAUUCUAAAGUGGUUGAGGUCUUGGUUAAGGAGGGCCAGGCGGAUAUUAACAUCAGGAACAACCGAAGGCAGACGCCUUUCCUACUGGCCGUAUCUCAAGGUCACACUGCUGCUAUCGAGAAAUUGGUCGAAUUGAAGUGUGAGAUUGCUGCAAAGGAUGAAGAUGGUGAUAAUGCGAUGCACUUGUGCAUCAUAAAGAAGGCAAAUCUAGUGCAGGAUGUGACCGCAACGGAUUCACCGAAGAUUUUUGAAAUGUACCAAUCGUUGGCCCCGAUUGUGAAUGAAAAUCGUUUGAUGUAUGCGCUACUGUGUUUCCUGGCAAAAGAAGGAUGCCCAUUGGAUGUGAAUUAUAAGGGCGCAAGAGUUUUGGAUUGGAUUCCUAGUCAACCAGUUAAAGAUAUUAUAGUUGGAUAUGAAAAAGCUCGUAUUGCUAGAGAGAAAGCAGCAGCAGCAGGACCGCCUGCUACUGAUCUAUCAUUGAACAACUCUCGCGAAGAAGAUGAUGUACCGCCUCAGAUGCUGUCUAACUUGGAGGCGAUGAGUCUAGCUGCAAACAAUCUGGAUGAAAAUGAAGGCAACAAUGCUGCAGCAUUGCAAGAUGGAGCUGCAAGUACUGGAACCAGUGGACUUGGACAAUCAAAUCCGCCAAAUCCUGCACGUAGAAAUCGGGGACACAACCGAGAGGCUGCUGGUGCAACACCGCCCCCAAUUCCAAGUCAUCAUCCGAACGUCGUUCAGGAGGAAGAUUCUAAACGAAUGAACAUCGAACCGUUAGCCCCAAGUGAAGCAUCCGGCCCCAGUGUCACACCUUUAGAUAGUCCAGCACGUUUCCAAUCACCAAAUCGAGCCUUAUCGCCUAACAUGGUGGGCACACCAGAAUCCGGUGGCGGCAGUUCUUCCAAGCAUAUCAGCCGACGACAGUACUCAGAUAAAAAUCCAACUGCUUCCCCAGUAGCAGUACUGUCCUCAAGUCCACCAGUCAUUACCAAUAUCCCUCAGGAAUGUAUUGUCUGCAACGAACAAAUGAUGUUAAUUAUCUUCGAUCCCUGUCAGCAUCAAAUAUCCUGUGAAGAAUGUGGUAUCCGCAUGAAGAAAUGUCUGUCUUGUGGUGUGUACAUAGAAAGGCGUGUUACCGUGAAUGGAAAGCAAUUGUUCAACCCGAAAGACAAUCGCCAGCCAUCCGCCGAUAGACUUCGCUACCUCGAAAGUAAAAUAAUGGAAAUCGAAGAAACACAUUGCUGUAGCAUCUGCAUGGAACGACGUCGUAAUGUAGCCUUCUUGUGUGGACACGGAGCCUGUUCCAAGUGUGCCGAAACGCUCAAGAUUUGUCAUAUGUGCCGCAAAACGAUCACUAAAAAAAUCAAUCUCUACUAAAAGUGUUUUACUGUCAUCCCCGCCCGCGGCUAUUUUCCAGUUAAGCCGUGAAGUUACCAAAAAAUGUGAAUAACUUUUAUUACAGCAACUAUCUUAUCUUCCCUUUUAAACAAAAAAAACUGUGCUUCUGUGAAUGCCGAGAGGAGAACUCCAUUCUGCUAUGUCGUCGACCAAUAAUAUCUUGUCUUCGGUCGAUUUUUACUCGUUCUGCACUUUUCAACGUGGCCCUUGUCAACCAGAGUUGUAAAACUCUUUUUUGCUAAAAUUAGAUAGAAAUUUCUUAACUGAAAUGUUUCCUUUCUCGCUACCAAAAAGUUAAAUGAAUCACCCCUAAAUCUAAGUGUAAAUAAGCUUGUCCUUAACAGAAAAUAUGUGUAUUUAUGUGCAUGUUCUUUGAAAUGCUCUGACCAUGAUACAAUAUAUGCCAACCGUGGAUAUGUGAAAAGCUCAUUUUAGUGAAAAUAAACGAAAAUAAAUAUUAUACCAACAUUACUUUUUAUUACACAUCGAUUUCUUGACUGACUUGUAUACAAGCGUUCUUGCGUACACAACAGCAUUAUCAACCAAAAUGAUCACUCACACACAUAAGUAAUCGACAAACAUUCACGUCUGAUUGUACUUUGCACAGUGUUCUUAGCCUUUCCGUUCAUCCUCUAUAAUUAUUUACUUCAAUGUGUUAGGCGACGCCAUCCGAGAACGUAUUUUUCUAUCAUUUACUCAUCAGUUUUUGGCUUACAUUGCAUACAAAUGGAGAAAACGUUUUUUAUAGAAAUAUUACCUUGCCCAAACGAGCGAAACGAAUAACAUAGUUUAAUGGGACAAAUUUUCAUAUAUAUAUAUAUAUAUAUAUAUAUAACUGUAUAUCAAAAAAAUAAGAGAAAAUGUGGAACACCCCAUACCUGUAUUCGAUUGUUAUUAAUGAUGAAUGAUAAUGUGAAAAUGAAGUUGUUUGUACGCACAUAAGACGAAGAAGCAUACACAUAUUAAUAAACCGAUAUUUAUUUCAUUGUAUCAAAAAA